GGAGUAUGUCUCAUAGUAUUCAUUCUUAUGUGAAUGGUAUAUGAAUGCAGGAAAUGGCAACAAAAGCUAAAGGAAGUUCAAAACUGAUGAGUUUGUACAAAUUGUGGUCAGAAUUAGAUGAAGACUUUAAACUCUUAAUUAACAACAGAACUGAUAAUAAUGGUGAUGGAAGUUCUCUGUUGACCCUCUUGAGACUUAUCCCCGGUAAACGUGUGGAAAUUUCAACAUUUUUGUUGCAAGAGUUCAUGACACUUUAUGAACAUACAGAAAAUGAUUUUUAUUUUAGGGUCUGUGGUCAACAACACAUGAACGUCACAUUGGAGGACGUUUUAUUUUUGACUAAUUUGCCUAUUAUAGGCCGGCCCAUUGUCCCCACUGACAAUAGAGAUCAAGAUGCUUUCUAUCGACUUUUUUCAGAAAGGACAUCUUUACUUAGCCUAGUCAAGUUGAGAAAUAUUUGUUGCGAUACAAAUAGAAAUAGUGAUGAGAGGAUCAAGGCUGUCCUUCUCAUGAUUGUGACAUGCCUAAUUGCUCCAAAUGGGAACGGACAAAACUGCAAAACUUCUUACGUCCAAUUUAUCGAAAAAUUGGACGAAGUAAACUCUUAUGCUUGGGGAGCUGCAAUGUUAGCAUACUUGUAUCAAGGUAUGAAGGAAUGGAAGACCAAAGAUAAGGCAAUUGACGGCUUCACAUGGCUUGUAAUGGGCUUCUUCUUUUCCCAUUUUAGAGGUCUUUAUACGAUCUUCAAUAUUACUGCGGAGGAAAAUCAGGCUCAUAAUAAGCCAAAACUGGCAUAUUUGAUAGAGUCACUUGGGAGAACCGACGCAAACCACCACAAGAAGAUCAACAGCGCAUUACAGUUGCAGUUGAAUUUGGUACAUGAGCUCCUGAGACAGGAGGAGAAGCAGAUGUGA